UGGACAUGUCUAUGAAGUCACCAGGAGCCAAGCUCAAUGGACCCCUCCUCUUCCUUAUAUGCCACCAAACCUGUUUAUGGCAUGGAGGAAAGCAAAACACAGAAUACCAAAGCAGCAAGAAGUUGUCAUGGUGCUGUUGGAGAACUUGCAAGAAGUUGGCAGAGCUGGUCCAAGGAUCAUGUUGACUAUCAGCAACGAAACCCAUUCAGCAGUGACAACCCAGUAACCGUACGCACUGAGAGAGGGGAUCCCACUUAUGGGAGACCACCUGAAGGCUCCAAAACUGAGCAGAGAGGAAAACAUGCACAUGCACACAUAGGCAAAGAAGUGGAAGAACUAUGCUUGGUUAUACGUAGCAUUGGAAAGAGAGGGCAAGAUGGGCAAGUGAGAAUAACAUUUAAAUGCCUCUUUGAUAGGUAUGUGACUAUAUCCAAUAAAGUAGUGGGUGUCCUCUUAAGAGCAAGGAAGCAUGGUCUGGUUGACUUUGAAGGCGAAAUGCUUUGGCAAGGAAAAGAUGAUAAUGUAGUUAUCACUUUGCUUGAAUAAGAUAAAGAUUAUUCAACGAUUGCAUGAUUAAUUCAGAAGUGUAUUAAAGCCCUUAAAACAUCAAGAUGGUUGCUUGGCUUAGGACAUAAUGAAGCAAUUGUCAUAAACUGAAAAUAAGUUUUAAAAGACUUGAUCAUUAAUUUAUGCCUGUGCAGCAAGUAAUAUGUACUUAUUAAAGGACUUCAGUGAACAUAUAAACCAGAAACAUAUAUAGUAGAAACAAGUGAAUACAUUUCAUGAGACAUGGUAUUCAAAUUGUAAAUGCUAAUUAAAAAGUUGGAAGUGAUAAUCUAUUGCAGAUGUGUAAAAGGGUAAUUAAGACUUGUCUGAAAUUAGUAAUAAUACUUUCCACUACAUUACAAAUUCCAUAUUUAAGAGCUGGUACCUUCAAACUUAUAUGCUGAGGAAAAGCCUUCAUCUUAGUGGUAUACUAGCAUUCAGAUUAUAUAUUUGACUAUGACCCUGGUG